AUGGCAGAACCUCGAGGCGCAGCCGCUCGUCUGCGGCGUACAUUCCACUAUCCCACAGACGACGACUCGGCAGACUCACAGCCAGAAGCCAUGGACGAAGAGGAACAAGAAACCCUCAUCCGCCGCCUCGCAGAAGAUAACGCAGCCCGCAACGCCCAAUUCGCAACCGCCCUCCUCGUCCUUCCCCUUCUAACAACGAUCCCCUACCUCAUAAACCUCGCCCGCCUCUCCGCCCCGCUCACCUCCCUCCUCUCUCUGACAUCCCUCCUCUCGACCGCCUACCUCCUCCACACCCAACCCCCAGGCGCGACCGGAAUCCCCUGGCUCGACGCAUGGUCCCGACCAAAGACCCCGCACCCCAGCCCGGCCUCCUCGCUCGAGUCCUCGACCUCGUCCGUCUCCGGCGGUCCGUCGUCCUACCAGCCCAUUCAGACAACGCAGAGGAGACGCAGGCGGAGCUCCUUUUCUUUCGCCGAGGAGCAAAAAGGUCCACUGGAGCUGUAUCUGCCGUACCUCAACCUCGGACUCUGUGGUAUGCUUAUCCUGGCGGGGUUGGCGACGAAGUCGAGCGAGAAGGCUUCGUUUGGCCACGUGGGGCUGGGGAACUUGCCUGCUAUAGUGUACGUCGUUGUUCUGAUUGCAAAGGUGGUCAUGGGCAGCGUCGACCCGGAAAAAGAGUUGGCCACGCUCAAGUAUGGUUUCAAAGGCGCGUAA